AUGGAACAACCACCUCCCCCACCCGUUCCCGGGCGACUCACCCUGAAAACCACAAGCUCAGCCCUUGGCGCGACAAGUCCUCCACCUGGUCUCGCCGGAUCCAGCGCAAUGUCUCCCGGUGCUCAAACGCCAUCAGGCGCGCCAAAGAUCAAAUUGGUGCGAAAAUCGCUUCCACCCACCCCCGCCGAGCCGAAUCCUCCCUCUGGCUAUUUCCCAGCAGCGAGUUCGACAGCAGAGGAGGUCGCCGUCGCUCCGCCCGCCCCAAAAAUCACAACUACCAAGGCUGGGAGAAGACCAAAGCCCACACUCAAGAAGAGGGCUCAUCAGAGUGAUGACGAUGAGGACAUACCAUUAGCCAAUGGAUCCGGACCACUAGCCAAGAAGACGAAGAUUACGCUCAAACCAACAACUCCCGGCGGCACCAUUUCAACUAAACCAACGCUCAAAUUGAAGCCAGUUGGCAAGAUUCCUCACCGGCCUCUCGGCGAAGGCUACGACUCGGAGGCGGAAGAUCGCGAGAUUGAUCCGGUUAUCGAGGAACAAUUUGUCAUGCGCUUUAUGGACAACGAAGACUGCGAUUAUAUACGACAGUGCAUCACAGAAAAGAAAAUCGGCAAUGGUGCCGAAGUCAACUUUAAGUUUCUGGACGACGAAGGUCGACGUGCUGUGUGGAUUGUUCGCGGGAAGUACUAUGCGGCGAUUCUCCUCGAUCUCCCUACCAUCACUGAGGGUAUGAAGACGUGGGAUAAAAAGGCCAUGGUCAAGUCCGCGGAUAUUUGUCAGAUGAUGUUGGUCUUUGCUGAAGUCAGGAACGAGGAGGAGGCCAAGACUGCGCCGCUGCCAAAGGCUGUUGAGCACGGUCAUCGCUGGCCACACGGUAUAACGCCCCCAAUGCACGAUGCCAGAAAUCGUCGUUUCCGCAAGCGAUUGUCGAAGCUCGAGAUCCAGAACAAGGAGGCCGAGGUGGAAAGGUUAUUGGCGGCUGAUCGGGAGGCUGUCAGCACCAGGACGGAGGUUCUAGACAGUAGAAUUGUCGAGGAGUCGGAGUCUGAAGAUUAUGAGGAGGAUGCUGAGGGUGAAGAGGAUGAUGAGCAACUCGAUAAGGUCGAGGAGGAGCUUGACGAGGCUGCGCUGAUGGAUGCUUUCAUGAAUGCGCCAGAGACGCCGAUGGAGGGUCUUGAUCAGCCUACGCCGGCUGUUGCUCCUGAUGCUGUUACGCCACUUACCGCUAAUACUGGUACUCCUGUUGCCCAGACUGAGGAGGAGGAAGUUGUGGAGGAGGAAGAGUCAGAAGAAGAUGAAGAGGAGUCAGAAGAGGAUGGGGAUGAUGAUGAUGACGAUGGAGAUGAAGACGACCAUGACGACAAGGCCAGUGUGCGAGCGGAGAUUGCUAAUCUCAAGAAACAGCUCAAGCAAUACGAGGAGAACCUUGCCAAGUCGGUCGGUGCGAUUAUUCGGAAGCGUAUUGAGGCUUCGAUCAGGAGUGUCAAGUCGGAGAUUGACCUCAAGAUGUCUUCUAUCGGUGAGGUUGAGGAUUAUUGA